AACCAGUCCAGUUACUGAACACCCCCCAGUAAUUGAACGAUGUUUAUAAGUAUUUGAAUUAUAAGGACUCAUGUUAACCAAACUAGAUAAUUUUUUUAGUUUUAAUUAUUUGACAUUAUGGCCAAACUGUAAAACUAUGAUUAAGAAAGCCACUGUAGAUAGUAGCUGAUUGAUAACGUUCAAAACAUACCGUUCCUCACUGAAGACAGCGUUGGAGGCAUUUUGUUUAAAAUGGCCAAAAAAUUUAAAUAUUCAGAGGAAGAUAUGAAAUCUGMUUUAGCAGAUAUCAAUAGUAAAGUUCUUUCUCUGAAUAAAGCAGCAGCACAAUAUGGGAUUCCAAAAUCCACACUAUCGAUGAAGUUAUCAGGGAAAAGUCCACCAAAUAGAAAAAUGGGCCCAAGUUCUUUUUUAACUGUAGAGGAAGAAAAUAAAAUAAAAUCUUGGAUUUUGAACAAUGCAAAACUUGGAUUUCCAUUAAGAACCGAUGAUGUGAAAGAUUCAGUCCAAAAAGUGAUUAUUGAUUUUCCCCGCCAUGUGCCAUUUAAAAACUCAAGACCUGGAGAUAAGUGGAUGAAACUUUUCUUGAAACGCAAUCCUGAAAUUGUAAAAAGAAAUACAGAAGUUAUAUCUAAAGCAAGAGCUGCUGUUACUGAGGAUAAAAUCAGAAACUGGUUUCAAGAGUUAGACACCUAUCUAGUCAGUGAAGGAAGUCGUGAUGUCCUUAAUGAUGCCACAAGAAUCUUCAACUGUGAUGAAACUGGAUUGCAGACAUGCCCAAAAUCUGGCCGAGUAUUGGGACCAAAAUCUUUGAAAGAUUUUUAUGAAAUUGCACCAGGAAAAGAAAAAGAAUGCAUUACAGUAUUAUGUGCAUAUGGUGCUGAUGGUAGUAUUCCACCUCCAAUGGUCAUCUAUCCGUACAAAAGACUUCCGAGUUCAAUAAUGACAACCUUUCCUGAAGAAUGGAUUAUCGGGAGAUCUGAUUCUGGGUGGAUGGUUAGCAGUACCUUCUACGAAUAUAUUUCUAAUGGUUUUUACUCAUGGCUACUUAAUGAGAAAAUCAAAUUUCCUGUGAUCUUGUUUCUAGAUGGCCAUAAAAGCCAUUUAAGUCUAGAAUUAGCAGAGUUUUGUGCCAACCAUGAAAUUAUAUUAUAUUGUCUCCCACCAAACAGCACACAUAUCAUGCAGCCAUGUGAUGUUUCAAUAUUUAAACCCUUGAAAGCAAGCUGGAAGAAUGUUAUAGGGAAUAACAAGAGACAAGGAAUUACUAUUACUAAAACUAAUUUUGUAAAAUAUUUUAAAACAGCAUUUACUUCUGUUCGAACAAGUUGUAUUACAAAUGGAUUUAGAAAAUGUGGUCUAUAUCCUUUUGAUCCAAAUGCAGUCGACUACUCUAAAUGUAUUUCGUCAAGAAGAAAUACAAUUUUCCCAACUUCAAAAUAUAAUAAACCUACAMACGAAGAACACUGCAUUUUUUUGAAAGUAUUGGACAACUAUAUUGGUACUACAACAAUAGAAAUAUUUAAUGAAAAAUUAAAAAAUUCGCAAAUAGAAAUUUCUAAUGUACCAUCAUUAUUUGAUUUUUGGGCCAAAUUUAAAAACACAAAUGAAUUGUUUGACAUAGACAACUUACCAAUUGAAUUAGCUUGCGAUGAACUAAAUGAAAACAGUGAUUGUUGGCUGGAAACUUUUGACCUAGAUGCUGCAUUAGAAACCAUAGAUUCAAGUCCAAAACAAAUGAUUGCCACUGCAGAUGAUAAAUUGUUUACUGAAGACUGCAUCACAGUACAACAUGACAAAGAGAGUAAAAGUACUGAAGAUAAUUUAUUAUAUUGUAUUAAUGAGACUGAAAAUAAUGUAAGAAUAAAUUAUGUAGAGGAUAAUAAUUUAUUAUAUAUUAAUGAGACUGAGAAUAAUGUAACUUUAAAUAAUGUAGAGGUUAAUACAAGUAUUGAAGAGGAUAUAUUGUUACCUACAGAGAUUGAAAAUUGUAACACGGUUAAAUACGGUAAAGAGAAUUUAAGUACUAAAGAUAAUUUAUUAUAUAUUGAUAUCAAUGAGACUGAAAAUAAAAUUGUAAAUGAAGAGACUGAAGAUAGUGUAACAGAUUUAUUAACAAACGACCAAGAACAUUUAAUUACCAACAAAAGUAGAAAUUAUGAAUCUAAAUCAAUUGAUGAAGCUUGGGAAAAACAUUUAUUUUGGCCAAGGCCAGAUAAUAUAGAUUUAAACAAAAAAAAUAAACAAACUAGAACUAAACUACCAUAUGCAGUUUCAGCAAUACAGUGGAGAGAACAUCACUCUAAGAUAGAACGAGUAAAAUUACAAAAGGAAGAAGAAUUAUGUCUCAAAAGAAAACGCAGAGAAGAAAUAAAAAAUGCCAAGUUAAAUGAAUCAUCCCAAAAGAUAAAAAAAAAACCGAAACAGAAAAAAAUUAUCAAGAAAUCUAAAAAACAUUCUGAUAAUUCUGAAAAUGAUGCUGAUUGUUUAUAUUGUAAUGAGCCAUAUACCUUAUCUAAAAGUGGAGAGUCCUGGAUAAAAUGUUGUAGCUGUGCAGGAUGGGCACAUGAGCUUUGUGCUGGGAUUGAUAAAACUGUUGCAUUUAUUUGUGAUAUGUGUCGUUGAAUCUCACCUUAAAAAUCUUGUCAUUAUGUAUUAGGUACCUAUUUAUUUACUACCUAUUUAUUACU